CACAAAAUUUAGUCUAUGGUGUACUAAGCAUUGAUGUUGCGUUGCCCUUGACUCCCUCUAUCUAAUUACUGUUUUUAAAAGUUAUUUGCGAAUAUUUUACUGAAAUUGUAUAUCUCAAGUUUGCUUUCUUCCGUAUAAAUGUUUUAACGAGUGAAAUUUGUGUUUGCUAAACUGCUGUGUUCUUUAUUUUGUGUAGCGUCACCUGACUGAGCUCAUUGUCAUUUCCCGCCAUUGUGGCCUGUGAAUUUGAUAUUAAUAAGAUUUUCUGUGCGUGCGCGUUAAUAUUUAGAUGAAUAUUAAAUAAUUAGUGCACCUAAGUUAUGUCAUUACACGGUAAUGACGUUUGUUUGCUAGAAGUGGAAGACUAUAACUUAUACGAAGAAGAGGCAUCUGAUCACGCUUUGACCAGUGACAAGCAUCCAGGAUCAGGAAGGAAGACAAUGGAGGCUGAAAAGCGGAUUCGAAGAGAAAUUGCUAACAGCAAUGAACGUCGACGAAUGCAGAGUAUUAACGCUGGGUUCCAAGCACUACGUACUCUGCUACCACGACAUGAGGGAGAAAAGCUGAGCAAAGCUGCCAUACUACAGCAGACAGCUGAAUAUAUUUACAACUUGGAACAAGAAAAGACGAGACUUCUUUCUCAGAAUUGUCAAUUGAAGAGAUUGCUAAAUCAACAUGAAGGAGGUGAAAUACCCCUGAAGAAGAGAAAAGGAGAUGUUAUUACUCAUGUGCCAGCCAUAAUUCCUGACUCUACUGAAGAUACUUUAACCACAUCCAGAUCACCUGAGCCAGUGGCUGUGAUAUCUGUGACAAGUGUUCCUCAGAAAAAAGAAGUUGAAAGCAGUGAAUUACGAGUUCAGCUUGAUCGUGAACGGAGACUUCGACGGCACUUGGAAGAGCGUCUACAUUCACUCGAAGCUCAAAUUUACCCAAACAAUGCCCAUGAAUUAAGUCGUCCUGUAAUUCAUUUUGAACAAACUGACAUUGCAGAAUGUAAAUUGGAAAGUGAGGAAGUAGAGCCGCCUCCUGUUGAGCCCCCUGUUGUAGCGGCUCCAUUGCUAGAAGCCGCCAUCAAAGCAGAACCACGUGUCGAAGUGGAAGUUCUUCCUGAUGCAACUCAUGAUGCACCAUCACGACUCUAUCUCGCAAGCACUAGUCGACAGAACCUGGAAACUAUUGUGGAAGCCAUCCGUCACCUUGAGGGGGACCAUUUGUUCCGCGAAGAAGCAGGUGAUGCACCUCUGGCUCUUACUAAAAAGGCAGAACAUCCGCCACCUCCAAGACCUGGUGUAAUUGUUGUAAAGCAUUCGUGAUUGCAUUUUCGUGUUUAGGACUUUAAGCUCGUAAAUUUGCUUCAGCUUAGCGAGCACUCCUGACCCUCCUCGAAUAUAGUUUUAAAUUUUUAGUUGUUUAAAAUCUUUUCCAAAGUGACGAAUCGAUAAGUCUGCGUCUUUGUUUAUUUUUAUAACGCAUUGAAGUCGAAUCGAUUAAUGGUAUAGAAUUAGCUGGAUGCGUUGUCGCGUAUGCCGAACGGCGCUGUGCUUAGUUUAGUCUCAAAUGUAAUUAUAUUAAAUUUUAUGUUAAUUUAGCUGUAUGCAGCAUGUGUUGAUGGAAAGAGGAUUGACUGACUUGUGUAAGAUUAGAUGAUGAAGGAUAUUGUACACCAUGCCGCGUGCCAAUAUGAUUUAAUUCCAUAAGACAACAUUUUUAAAAUGGAAUAAAUGUGUAAUAGGAGUGAAAAUAAAUUGACUAUUUGACAUAGUCAUAUGAAUGAUUAUGGAGGCUUACUUGUAAAGUACUAAAGGGCACUGGAUUGUUCUUUAGUGAAAACAUUUGGCUUAUGUAGAAAAUAACCCUGCACUGAGCUAGUUGAGCAUUUUAAAUUUACUAUUACAGUAAAAAAUUGAUCACUGUUAGCUUGUCCAGCUUUAGGCAGAUUGCAGGGUAUGCAGCAGGCAUGCGGCGAUAAAACGUUUUGACUUACUCAGUUAUUAAUUAAUUUAAUAUUAAAUCUCGAUACUAUUUUAAUUAAUGUAUGAAAAAGUCACAUGAUGUAAAUUUUGUAGGUGCAUAGUUAAAUAAUAAUAAUGGUGUUUUGGAUUAGUCACUAAAUUUGACCCUCAUCAACAAUAUGUUGGUGUGCCAUUUGUAUUAGUAUACAUGAUAAAUUCCUUGCGACAAGAUACUCGGAAUUCAAGAUAAUAGGAAAAGAAUCACUUCGACAUUCUAUUGAAAAAUUGAUAUAGAAUCUAUAAUUAUUAUAAUGUAUUGACUAAUGUUUAUCCAGUGUUGCUUCUUUUUGUUCAUGUUAGAUAGAAUGCCCAGUGUAAUGCGUAUUUGAUAUGUGACAUUAGUAAAUUAUAGGCGCUUCAUGCAGCCAUCCCUAAAUUAUAGAUACAGAAAUUUUAGAGCAUUCCAUAUUGUUGAAUUCUCAUUGAAGAGAAUAUCUCAUGCAGAAUACUGCACGAGAUAUAGUUGAUUGAAACACAAGUUAAUGAUGUAUUUAUUGUAUUCAAUUUAACUGAUUAGUAUAAUUAUGUAUUGCUUCAUAUAAGCAUUCUUUAAUUGAAACUCUACUUUUAGGUCUUAAUCAGUUAGGAUUUAUAGAUAGUGUAGUUGACAAAGAGUGACAAUGUGUUACUAAAUACCCCAUUUUACAGAAUGUUUCAUUUAACAUUGUUUUUUAAAGAACUAUCAACAUGUAUCAUGUCACAAUAUCGUGGGAUAAAAUAAUUAAUUCAUAAUAGUAUAAUCUAUACCAGGCACUUGAUCUAAAUAUAUUUUGACACCAAUGUUCAAUCAAGUUAUUUAUAUUGGAAUUACAGUUAUUAUUCUUCUGUACCAAAUAGGUGACGAUAUAAUCUACCCUUGGGAUUAAAAAAAUAAAGUGAACAAUCAUGUUUCACUUUUACUUUAUAAGAGUUAAGGUUCACAGUUCUUACAUUUUCUGUGACUUAGGUUAUAUAAUUCUAUACAGUGAUUAGUUAACAUUCGCUUUAAUGUGCUGACAUUUUUUGUUAAAAAUGUGAAAUGCUGUGCUCUUUUGUUAAUAUUUUUCAUUUGUAAGUUUUGAAUGUAUUUUAAGUUUGACUCAGCAACAGAGUGGAUGAACAAGUACAACGCAUUGCAGACUUCAUAAUGCUAUGGUCUUGUCAUGUCCAUGAAACCAUAUGAAUUUUUAAGACUGAUCAAUUCAAUAUUAAGUUAUGCUAGUUGAAAGUCACCAUAUUGAUAGAAUAAUGUGUGUACGUGUGUGUGUGUUACGUUUAUCUAGCUAUUUAUAUGUAUGUAUGUUGUGAUAUUGUAGUCCAAAAUUGUGUUGUGAACCUGAUAAUUUUACAGAGAUCAAAACACUGUUAACAUUAGCAAUAAAAUGUCAAUCAUACCUUGCGGUACAUGUAGUCAAAUUUUACGUGUAGAUAAGUUUUCCAUUAUGAAAGUUAAAAUAUAUUUAUACAUGAGAGAUCUCUCUAACUCUAUCAGGUUAUUAAGUGUUGUGGUGUGAUACAGCGUAUUCAGUGUAUGUAGUGUAUGUAUUUUACUAGGACAUUAUAUUAUAAUUUUAUAGCACUCUAAACACAAACUCAGUUGAACUAGUUGAAAAAAUCAAAAAUGGCCCAUGUAGAAGAUUAAUUAAAAUUAAGUUUUCGCUCUAUAUCGCAUUACGUCACGUUUGAGUAAAUUGUACUCAAACGUGACGUAACUCAGGUAGAGUAGAAAAGAUAUGUCUCAUAUGUUUUCUGUAUAAAAAUAUAAAUGUCAUCUCUGUUUUUAUAACUUGUUCCUAUAAAAACAGAAUAAAUUAUUUGUGUUUAGAGGAGCCUUUUUACAUACUUUUUGUUCCCGACGCUUAUUUCUCACUCUGUUUCUGAGUCCAUAGCUAUAAGGAGUUGUCUGCCUACCGCCUUUACAUUAUGUCAGUAUAGGAUAAUUAACAAUGUAACAUAACGGACUUGGUUAUACUAUUAGUGUAGUCAAAAAUAGUAAUAAGAGAUUUUAAGUCAAAGAAGCAAGUUGAAUUGUUUAAAAUGUGUUAUUAUUUAUGUCUUAAAGUAUUAAAAUGGUUAUUUCUUAUUAAUUAGUUUGUAAAUGAUGAUCGUCUGUAUAUUUAAUCGACCUCUUUUCUUUGUAUAUUUCUCUAAAAACCAAUAAAACAAAAUGUUUGAAACUUAAACACUAUAUGUUUUUAUUAAUAUAUGCAUGCAUUUUUGUUCGAACUUUAAAAGACUGACGAUAUUUACUAAAUCAUCAAGACAGUCGUUUACUUAAAUGCACAAUAUAAAUACCUAGUGGUCUCUUAAUAUUAUUAUAGUACCUAAAUAGUAAUCUCGGAAAAGCAUUUGAAUUUUCACUGUCAACCAAUUUAAACUAGUUUCUAAUAAGAUAGUCUUACAAUGGACACCUAAUCCUAUAUAGAUUUGAUUACGAAAAAAUAAGAUUAGACAUACUAAUGUCAUUGUAAUUUGCGUUCUAUAUAGAUAUAGUAAAACACUAAUGAGUAAGGUAUGAUCAACUGAUCAACUUGAUUAAUGAUUUAGGUGUACACUGUGAGACACUGUUAGCUAUAAUUUCUAUCAACUUGUAAGUAAUUAAUAUUGUUGCUAGUAAGUUAUAGUUGAUAUUGAUAAUAAUAUUUUAUCAUUCUAAUAGACAGAAGACGGUGAAUGUGGCAUGUUUUAUUGGUUUUUAGCAUGUUCAAUGUGAAUAUUUCCAUUUUCUACACUCUAUCGCAUUUUAUUGUAAUGGACUAAGUGGGUGUUAUUUUAAACAUUAUGCAAAAUAAAACAAUUGGUAUUCAACAAUUGUAAGUCAUUAUUAUUUUGACAAACAUAUAUGUUUAAAAUAAUUCAAGAUUAACUAUAAAACCUUAUAAUAACGUCGUUCAAUUAAGUCAUCUGAUAAAACAUUUUAUAAUAUAAAAUUAAGUCUGAAAUAAAAAUCGUACUUGAUUGCCACAGUUUCAAUUGCAUUUA